AUCGUAACUUGUGCUCACUCUCGCCUUCCGACGUGCCAUCGUUGCGUUCACGACAUUCCGCUGUGAUCCUGUCCUGGAUCGUGACCGCGGCAAUACAGAUCGUUCCGUGGCGAAAUCUAGUAGCGGAACAUCCUUGCGCGGUGACAUUCAACCGCGACUAAUAAAAGUGAUUUACGAUCCACCGGUUGACGAUCGAUGAUACGACCUUACCGUGAGAAUCCGAACUCUAGUCGCGUUCAAACUCCUCGAGCGUAUUGUCUAUUGUACAUUGUGUCAGGAAUGGAGGGCUGGCUGAACUCUGGCGACAUAUAAUGUAAUUUAAAGAGAAAGGAGGGAAACUGAACUCGCGAAAUUUGUCAGACACAUUGACGAGAUUCUCAAUAAGUAUAACUGCCAAAGAUACCGGAAGAUUCGUCGAACACGAUGAUCAAUCGAGUGAAACUCUGGUGGAAACUUCUAUGCACCGAGCAGAAAGGUAUAUUCGCUGGACUGGCGGCACAUUCUGGACAAAUAUCCGUAGGACUCGGCCAAGGAUUCAGUGCGAUUUUACUCCCAAAAUUGACGGAGGAAGGCUUUGCCAACAGCGAUGAAAACACUUGGAUCGCCGCACUGGGAGUUAUCUCGAAUCCUUUGGGAUCCGUGGUCGCUGGAUUGUGCGCCGAAUGGCUUGGAAGGAGAUCGACCAUCGCGUUAGCUAGUAUUCCUCACGCUGCUGGCUGGUUGUUCAUAGCAUUGUCGAAGAGCGUGCCUAUGUUGUACGUGGGCAGAUUCAUCAGUGGAAUCGGCAUGGGCAUGGCGAAUGGCCUGUAUCUUUACGUCAGUGAGACUGCCGCGCCAAGUCAGAGAGGCUGGUUGGGAAGCUGUGGACCAGUUCUAGUUUCGGCUGGCGUUCUGAUGAUCUACUCGCUCGGAGCGUUUACUAGGUGGGAGAAAGCUGCUGCGAUUAGUAUAGGACCUGCUAUACUGUCCUUGGCAUUGACACGUAUGAUUCCGGAGACGCCAGGUUGGUUGAUCACUCGGGGACGGACGGAAGAAGCAAAAGAAUCCUUAUUAUGGUUACGAGGAUCUGGUUUGAGUACCGACAAAGAGUAUGACGAACUUUGCGAGGCAAACGUGAAAAGGGAAGAGAGGAAAGAGAGUCUGCUGAAAGCUCUUAACAUGCCAAGCGUCUGGAAGCCUUUUCUCAUCCUGUUCAUCUUCUUCGCGCUCCAGCAAGUAUCAGGGAUUUAUAUAAUUCUGUUCUAUACCGUAAACAUCCUCAAAGACAUCGGUAUCGACUUGAACGAGUAUUCUGCGAGCGUUGGGAUCGGUGUGAUUAGAUUGUUCUCAUCGAUAGCCGGCGCUGGCCUGGCGAAUAGCUUUGGCAGAAAAGCGUUGGCCUUCGUCAGUGGCCUGGGAAUGGCGAUCUCAGCUGUAGGCGUUGCUCUUUCCUACAGGUUCAAAUUGCCAUCUGUGGUAUCCUUGGCAUGCAUCGGAGGCCACGUUGGCUCGUCUAUGAUAGGAUUUCUCACUCUGCCGUGGGUAAUGACUUCCGAACUCUACCCAUUAAGAUUCAGAGGACCUCUUGGAGGCAUAACUACCAGCAUGGCGCAGAUGCUGACAUUCGCCACCAUUAAGAUGUAUCCUGAUCUGAGCGCGUUAAUUGGUAUCGAGUCCACGAUGUGGACGUUCGCUGUAACUGCUAGUUUAGGAGCUUUAUUCGCUCUGACGGUCCUCCCUGAGACCAGAGGACGAAGCCUCGAUGAGAUAGAAAAUGGAUUCCUGAAAAAAUCGGUGACAGAUUCCUCGGUCGGCGUUCUGCCAACCAUUUCUGUUCAACCCAAGAAUAUCACGCUCCAGAAAUUCGCUUCCAUCGGCGAAGAGAAGCAUUACAACAUCACGGCAAACGCGUACGCUUACGAUAAUUUCUGUAUGGAUUUAACCGCCGACGAUAUAGAGAAAAAUACGGAGCAUGCGAAAGAUCCCGAAACGGAUCGCGUUACUCAUACCGUUUCGUUGGAACAUAUUUAUUUCUAGAGAGAUGCAGAAAAAUUAUAAAUU